CGUUCCUUUUCUCCGCCACGGCGACGAAGAAGUUGGAGACGCCAUAGUUCAUUCGCUGGCCAGUGUCAACCCGUCGGUCUGCUUGAGCCUCUUGGAAGAUCUUCAGCCUUAUCAUGCUUUGUGUUCCACUCUUAAAUCUGAGAAGAAACGCUUGAAGCUGAGAAUAAGAAUUAUCAGAGUUUUAGAAUUGAGCACCGUUUGCUUCCGCCAGCGCAGCUUACUGGAAACCAGUUACUUUGAGGCCUUUUUUUCGGAGUACGUCCACGAGACCUACUCUUUCCUCAGCCAGGAGCCAAUCACUGCUCAGACUGGCCGCGUUCUGUCUCACUUUGGAGAAUACUUAUACUUUAUGAUGAAGCACAUAGCCAAGGCGAAUCUGGAGGACCACUACUUGCCUGCUGCCAAGAGAAAAAGCCUAUACUCCCUUUUUUUGAAGUAUUCUGGUCUCGGUGGGAGUAUCGCGACUUCCGGGACCACGUUCAAUUAUAAGGCGCAGCCUCCUAGCGAACCGCAGAACUUAAAUUAUUCGGCCAUCUGUGGAAUGGUCGGUACUCUCUACGGAGAACUUUUCGCACAAAGCAACACGCUCAGGCUGGAGUACACCGUAUUUGCCGACGUUACGCUGAUGCUCUCAUUUCUAAGCUCUCUCCCUUUGGGCCGUGAGGCAGUCUCAUGCCUUCUAGUCUAUAACCAGUCGAGCGCGCACGCAUUCGAAAGCGUUCUUCACUUGUGCUAUUCGUUAAAACUGCUGCCUCCGAAAGGAUAUUUUUUAUCAUUAGCCGACGUUUUAAGUUCAGGCCAACUAGUGGUCAAGCAGGAAUGGCUGGCCAAAAUCCUAUGCUUGGUGCUGUACGAGAUAGGCAAUCCGGAUCAGGAAACCAGGAAAACCGCGAUCACGUUGAUGAACGAUUUGGGGAGAAGGUAUCUUGGAGGUCAGGGGUCGGCGCUCCACCUGUCGCUCACCUCUGUGCUUUCUGCAACCUACACGCUCUCUCAGAAGGAGCUCUCCGCCAGUCUGGCCGACAAUCAUCCAGAACAGGCCCUAAGUAUGAUAGAAGAAAUGGCCAGAUGCAUACGGAUGGUCCCUCAUGGGGGGCAGAGGAGACUGCUCCACUGUCUUACUCCGUGGGUUAAGAAAAUUGUCUUCUUUGAUGACCAGCAAAAGCUUAUAAACGAGGAUGUCCUGUGCCAUCUCUUCUGCUUGACUGUCCAACAGGAAGAGAGCCACCCCGAAGCCUUGGAAGUUCUCUGGAAGGCUGUGGCCUCGCGAAAGGACAACAUGAAGCUGGCAAUUGAUUUUCUUCUCUAUUUGGGCACCGAAGUGGCGGACACGGCCACGGUGGUCGUCCCUCAUGCUCAAAAAAUAGCUGUUUAUCUUGGCCGUUACGAUGGUAACUCGGCUUUUAGUGAAUUGGUUCACGCCCUCGACUUAUCAAUAGAGCACACGACCUGGGUAACGUUUGAAAGGUCGAGGCCGCUACUGCAAAACUACCUGGACUACCACUACGAAUCCGAGUUUGUAGAAAUGUCACGUGCGGUUUUCGCCAUGUGCACAUGUGUAGAACUAACCACUGAAGUGCCGGUUGAGUUACUUGAUAGGCACCUUCCAGUGAUCCUUCACGCUCUCUUUGUCAACAUAGACAGCGACUCUAUUUUGGUGUUCCGACUUUCAAAGACUCUGCUGUCCAACGUGAUCCACUCGUUUUUUGGUCCUGCCCGUCUCCACCGGCCUAAAACACAUGAGACAUCGCUGCAACUUAUUAACCGCCUUCUAAAAACUGAAAAGAGGAUGUGGAAAAGUUUCGACUACAUGUCUGAUAAUUAUUCGGCAGAUGUGAGAGCCCUACAAGAUUUGGUUCGAGAGGUCAAAGGCAUACUUGAAUCUGUGGCGGAAGGUUUCGCCUUAAAAUGGGAGCUCAAAGCUCACGAGACAGCAAUGUUGUGCGUCAAUAGCCACGUGGCCAUCCGUUCCUUGCAGAUUUGUCAAGCGCUGGACUUAAAAUUCAGAGAUCAGGUUUUUGUCGAUAUUAUCUCUCGACUGGCCACCUCCGUAGCAGAUGAAGUUCACAUAGUGCAUUGCUAUACUAUUGAACUUCUCAAAUACUUAAAAGCCAGAGUAAUGAGCCUUUCUAAUGAAGUAACUGGGGACCCCUCCAAAAUUUUGUGGACUGCAUUAACUAUUUUGGACCUUGACGAAGAGCAAGAAUGGAAACUCGGCGUCGAGCUGGUGGCUUGCUGUCUUAAGAAGUUUCCAUUGUCAAUCUUCCGAAAUUUAUCACGGGAGAUCUGCUGGGGCGACUUUCCGGGGCUUCUGGCCUUACUAACCAGCGGACUGACCUCUUCAGUUAAUUUAAGUUCGACGGUUGACACGCUUCUAACCGUUGUUCCCCUCCUCGCUGAAUUUAACAAUAUAUUGGACCCCCAGAGGAACGGCUUCUUGUACUGUAGCCUCGCUCUUCUCCCGCAGUUACUUUACUGCUUUCCGACGCCCAGUGAGCUUUCUUUGGCAAUUGCAUCCUCUUUAGCGAAAGCUGCUGCACUACUCAGUUUUGUGAACUUGUCUAAACUAUUUGGUCUCUAUAAUAGUAGAGACUCCGCAGUCGUUAAAAGCGAAGAGCAGUGGUUGAAGGAUGUUUGCCGAUACUUAGCGGAGGCAUACUUCCCUCAGUUUGAAACUUUUGCCCUGCAUUUGAUACUCGUUCUUUUGGAAUCAUCUUAUAACAAGUAUCACGAAUCUCUCUACUCGAUCCUGAACGGGUUGCUCUGUGCCAUCCGAAACGAUCCAUCUUCGUUGUCCCUUAGCGAAACUGAUAAUGCUAACCUCGUUCAAGUGCUGCUGCGGACUUUGGACUCCUGCGCGUGGAAACAAGCCCUACUGACCAUUAACGCUACUAUGCACAAAUUUAAAGUAACCCGUCCACUAGCGCCUUUCGAUGCAGCGAAAAGCUCGGAGACGUCCACUAUUAGCUCAAAGUCGAACAAACAGCUUCUCAUCCGAGAGAGACUGGCUCGCCUUUCGCGAUUAUUUACUGGACUACCUCAAAAGUCUAACAAAAUAGUUGUCUUCAGAGAAAAUUCGUUUGGUAGUCGAGUUUGUUCCCAGCCCAAAUCGAAAGAGUGGUCCAACGACAAGGAUCGCUUGAGUGAUAUUAUCCGGCGCGAGAACGCUGAAUGUUCUGUGAAUCUACUAUCGAACCGCGUGGAAAAAACCGGCUGGGAGGUAAGCAGACCACCCACCGCGGCUCUGCAGCAGGAACACGCAAAUUCUUUGAACACUUAUGUGAGUAAACACGAGCUUGAUUUGUUCUUUAACGACUUUGAUACUUUUCUGCAAGCCAUGUCAAACAAUUUGCAAACUUUAAUUUGAAUUAAACAGCUCAGUAGCGCUACCGAUUUGCUUAAAGAAUAUAAAUAGAAUUAGGAAUCUCAGUUAAUCUUUAGACAGCGGACAAUGAAAAACCACCGAUAAGUUAAAAGGAGGUGCUACAUAUUCUCGCCAACAAGCCUUUAAUAAUUGCCUCAAACUAUCAGCAUAUAAUAUAAAGGCCGAGAGUAUACGUUA